AUGACCCCCUUUCUCAAACUCUCUGCCAAUCAAACUUUCUCUUUCGCAGUUGUGUUUAAGGCAGUCCAUGUGCCUGGCACCAACUCUACAGUGAAAUUAGAUGAUAUUUCUGUGACUGAUGGGGCCUGCGGUCCUCCAGGCAGCUGUGACUUUGAGUCCGGUCAGUGUACUUGGGUCAACAUUCCUAAAGAAGAUGGACAUGACUGGGUGCUGGCUACUGGAGGCUUCCAGGGUCCAAUGACAGACCACACAACUCAGACCCCAGAGGGUUGGUUCUUGUUGAGCUCAUCACUGCACCAGAACCGCAGCAGCGUAGCGCAGGUGUUGUCAGAAUGGAUCCAACUGAGAGACACCACCUCCUGUAUCACUUUAUGGUACCAUAUGGAUGGCAGUGACUCUGGGACGUUGAAGGUAUACAUGCGUUCAGCGCCAUUGGAGGACGAUCUGGUGUUCAACACUAACAGCAGUGGACGCAGCUGGACCAGGUUCUCCCAGUCUGUAGAGAGGAUCAAACCUUUCCAGCUGCUGAUCGAAGCAGAGACCAACAACAGAGGAUUCAUUGCCAUCGAUGACAUUAUGGUCACACCAGGCCCUUGUCAAGGUUGGUACAUGGCUGUGGAGCCUGACCGAGGAGAUAAAGUGAGUCCUGCUGUUUUGCAGAGUCCCACCAUGAAACAGGCCAGCGCCACCUGCACACUACACUUCUACUACAACAUGAAUGGAGAGGACAUACAGAUGCUGAAUGUGCUGCUAAAUGAGGGCUCCAGGACCACUGCAAUGUUCUGGCUAUCUGGUAACCAUGGAGAUUCGUGGCGUCACGGCGAGGUAACGGUUGGUCGAAUCCCUCAGGACUUCACCAUCCUUUUUGAAGCCUCCAGGACCUUCAACAGGCCCGGACACGUUGCCAUUGAUGACAUCGGUUUCACCAACUGCACCCUGCCUGAGCCCCAACCCUCGUGUCCAGAGAAUAUGUUUACGUGCAACAACAGUGUGUGCGUGGAGCACAACCAAGUGUGUGACUUCAGCGAUGACUGUGGGGACCGGUCCGAUGAGAGCAACUGUGAGCAACAAGGAGUUGUUGAGCGCUGCAGCUUUGAACAAGGCCUUUGUUUCUGGGAGGACAGCAAUGUGGACCCAGCUAUAGCUCAGUUUACGCGUCACAGAGGACAGGAAGCCUGGCCUGAACAUGGACCUUCCAGGGAUCACACCACAAACUCUGAUGCAGGUUACUACGUCGUCCCUGGGACUCAUCUGACUGAGAACCUCCAGACAUCAGAGACUCUCUCCAGAACUUUACUACCCAGCUCAAACUGCACUGUGAGAUUCUUCCACUUCAGCCUGGAAAAGGCUUCAUCUGGACUGACAGCCUGGUCCAGGACGCUGCAGUCUGGUAGUGACGACGCUCUGUUGUGGCUCAGGGAGAACUCACACAGCUACAGCUGGCAGAGGGCAGAGGUCACGUUCUCCUCCUCAGUCAAUAGCAAGAUUGUCUUCAGAUAUGAGCGGGAUUAUGGUUUCAGAGGGCUGGUUGCACUGGACGACAUCUCUUUCUCACAGGAGUGUCUAUUUGACCCUGAAAACAACAAACUGCCUGCCCCAUCCUCCACCUCUGCCCCACCUACACCCUCUAACACACCCACCUCUCCAGCCUCAACUGCACCAACUCUCCCCUGUCAGGAAAAUGAGUUUUUCUGUUGGCGGUCAUCUACAAAAGUGUGUAUUCCUGCAACUCUACGGUGUGAUUAUCAUCCAGACUGCCCACAGGGGGAGGACGAAGAUGGUUGUGGUGGGUGCACAUUUGAGAGUGACCAGUGCCAAUGGAUGGACACCAGUGAUGGACAGAGGAGGUGGCAGCGACAGAAAGCCAGUAACAACACCCAGCCGCCGACUGAUCACACUACAGAGACAGGCUACUACAUGAGAGUGAAUUUCAGUCAAGGGUCCACGCAGACUGAAGCCCGACUCCAGAGUCCCCCUCUCCCCCCUUCAUCCCCCUUCUGCCAGAUUCUGUUUCACUUCCACAUCAGUGUGGAGAGUUCUGGGUCACUCAGAGUGCUUAUGCAGCAAGCUGAGGGGAGUGAAGCAAUCCUGUGGUCACGCAGUCACAACACUGUCUCGGAUUGGCCCGCAGAGCAUCUGCCUGUAGGCCUUCACCAGCAGCCGUAUAAGGUUUGGUUCAGCGCCAUGAAUAAAGGGACUCAGACAGACACGACUGCUGGAGAUCACAUUGUUGCCGUGGAUGACAUCUCUUUUAUAAACUGUGAACAAUCCUACCAACCACCAGCUCUUCCUGCCUGUGGCUGCUCUUUUGAAGAUGGUCUGUGUGUUUGGGUCCAGGGGGCUGAAGACCAGCUGGACUGGAUCAGGAGGUCUGGCCCCACUGAAACCCCCAACACCGGGCCUGCAGGAGACCACACUACCGGCAAAGGUAAAUACAUUUACAUCAAGAGUUCCCGACCGAGUGUGAAGGGAGAUAUGGCACAGCUGAAGUCUUUGAUGCUGCCGCCUGCUGGUGAAGAAGGAUACUGUUUCACAUUUUGGUACCAUAUGUUCGGAGCUACUGCUGGCUCCUUGAGGAUGCUUCUACAAACAGCUAAUCCCUUGACGAAAACAUUGGUGUGGCAGAAAUCAGGAAACCAAGGGGAUGAGUGGCUGCUGGUGCAGAGCCACGUGACCCUGCAGAAAGUCCACCAAGUGAUUCUGGAGGCUACAGUGGGGGGGGAAGCAGGAGACAUAGCCAUCGAUGACAUCGCCCUCAUCAGUGGACCAUGUCCUGCCUCUGAUAUGUGUGACUUCGAGGAGGAUAGCUGUCACUGGCAGCAACAGACCGACGAUGACUUUGACUGGGUCAGACAGUCUGGCUCCGCCCACAAACCCAACACUGGGCCGGACAGCGACCACACCACCAACUCACCCACAGGCCAUUACUACUACCUGUCCUCCUCUGCUGACGACACAGCGGGACAGACGGCUAGAAUGUCUUCACCACUGUACCCUGCAGGUAAAGGAGCUUGUGUGCAGCUGUGGUACCACAUGUAUGGCAAAGGACCGGGGCGGCUCAACGUUUACCAGCAGAGCGAAGGAGGGAAGCAAGCUCUGAUCUUCUCUCAGACAGGAGACCAGGAUCUGCUCUGGAGGUUCGCUCAGGCGUCCCUUCUGCCCCGGGUUCAGCCUUUCAGGAUCGUGGUGGAGGGUGUGAAGGCUGGCCCCACCGAGGAGGGUGACAUGGCUUUUGAUGAUGUACAGCUGACGGACACUCGAUGUCCUCUUCCUGGACAUUGUGACUUUGAGAGUAACUUGUGUAGCUGGAGCAACCUGGGAAGAGGAGUCGACCAGGGCGACUGGCUCCGCGGCAGAGGAGCCUCCCAAAACCCCAACACCGGGCCCAGCGUUGACCACACCACCAACUCAACACAAGGUUUCUAUCUAUAUGUGGACAGCUCAGUGGGCGAGUGGGGAUACAUGUCCAUCCUGAUCGGUGACGUGUUCCAGCCGACCACCAGAGGUCACUGUCUGACAUUCUGGUACCACAUGUAUGGCAGCAACGUUGGGACUCUCAGAGUUUAUAUGAAGGACAGAAAAGGACAAACUGGUGGCAACGAAGAAGGGAUUCUGAAGUGGAUUGAGUCAGGAAACCAGGGAGACAAGUGGCAGGAGGCCACUGUGACCGUUAAACAUAGUGAAGCAUUCUGGCGGGGUAUCAGUUCAGGUGGGGAUGUUGCUCUUGAUGACAUCACCAUCCUCCCUGGAGGCUGCUACUCAGAGCCCCCCAUUGACCCGCCUGAGGAUAAUAAUGGCACGUUGUCUGCAGGUCUGGCUGUUGGUCUGACUCUGCUGACUGGAGUCGUCAUCGCCAUCUUCCUCUUCAUGCUGAACAGGAUGCGUAGUACAAUGAAUCAACCGACAAUUAUGAAUGAUGACGCAAUUGCCGAGAACUCUGGGUUUCACCUCUUUGACUACAGAAAAGAUGGCACACAAAGGGGAACUGCAUCAGACUUUUCCUUCGACAACAAUCUAUAUAAUCCAUCUCCACAUGUGACUGACACCGCAGUGGCUUCAUCUGAUGCUUAGUCCGGAUUAUAACUCCAAUGAAACCAUAAAUCAUUUACCAAUUUGUAAAUUCGACCGUUGUUCUUGGAGAUACUUGAUUCUCAUUGUAACUGUUAUUUAGAAGAUGAAAUAUUGAUGUUGAAAAUAAUUGAUCAAAGGAUGUACUGUCAGUUAAAUGAGAAAGGAUCAGUGACUCUUUAGUUUUAAUAAUGACAAAUGGAUUAAGAAAUACAUACAUAUUGCUUACCUACAAACCUCUUGAUUGAGGAUAAGCGAACAUUGAAAAUUUAAACUAUUUUCUUUGAAAAUAUAAUUAAAACAUACACUGUGUUGUAACUUGUUUUAUUUUGUUGUUGAGUAUGCCUUAACUAUUUUGCCAAAAGCUUUUAAUCUUGUUGUUUUGAGAAACAGUACAUUGUAAAGAUGGUUGUCUUUCUGUUCUGCUUUCUGAUUUGAAACAGUUUAUUAAUACAUGUUUGUUAAUUCCGUCUUUUAUUUACAUCUUUAUUUAAAUUGCAAAAAUCUAAAUGUACAGUAUUUGUUAACAGUUAAUGAACAAUAGUUAGCACAACAGGUUAUCACAAACACGUACAUUUGUGCAGAUAAAGCUUUAUAUCCUGAAUAAUUUUUCCAUCAUUGAAUUAUUCUAAUUUGUUUCAUUUUAAAUCUCCAGGGCCAAUAUGUAUACAACUUCUAAAGCCACACAUCACAUCAAGCACAUGUCUUAUCAAAUAUAUUGUAUUUUUUUCCACAGAAAGAGAACACAGAGGUUGGUCUGAACUAAUAAAACAUCUCCAUUAAAAGUUUAUUGGCGAGUUAUAUAUAUAUUUACAAUUUCGUUCAAUCCCACACUAUGGAGAGAGGCCUCCCCACCCAGGUUAGUUCAGCUGUUCUCCUAUGUUCAACCACAGACCGUAUAUGUCUACAACCAGUACACCCCCCAUAUACUCAUAUGUCUUGUUGCCAGUACUUCCCACUCACAUGUUUCUAUUCUAGGCAGAAACCCCCCCCCUGUAACCUUUCACACCCUCACAUGGAAGCACAGUAAGGGUCUGGACUGACAUGGUACAGUCCAACGGUUACACCGAAUGGACCAAUCCCGUCUCAUGUCCAUAAACAAGCAAUAACACGACGACCUCGUUGGACAGGAAAUGGGAAGCUUUGUUUAUAGUCCGAACAUGUGAAAAAACAAAAGAUCUGUGAAGAAUCAAAAAGACAACGAG